AUGGAGCAGCGUCAGCAACAGAUGAUGUCCUUCCUAGCAAAGGCUAUGCAUAGUCCUGGCUUCAUGGCUCAAUUUUCACAGCAGCAGACUGAAAGUAAUAGACAUGUCACCGGAGGUAAAAAGAGGCGGCUCCAAAGGCAGGAAGAAGAAAACUUAGCCACCAAGAAUCUCCAUAAUCCUCUUGAUGGUCGUGUAGUCAAGUAUCAGCCUUCAAUUAAUGAGACUGCAAAAGCAUUAUUCAACCAGAUGAUGCAAAUGAACAACUCUACAAGGACGGAGUCGUCCAAUAAGAACCUUGAUGCAUUCCUUAUCGACGAUAUUCCUUCAACUAUUCCGUUAGAUAGCAGUAGUUCAUCCACCCAAGUUUCUGGUGUAACACUUUCUGAGGUUCCACCUAUUUCUGGGCGUAUGGCAGUAGAAUCUCAAUUUCCUAUAGGUUGUAUGACUAAUAGCAUGUCUGAGGUACAAUCUUCACCUUCUGUGUUGACUGACUGUGUCAAAGCAACUGAAUUUCCUGAAUUAACGGCACAUCACUGCCAAGACAAUGUCCUGAAUUUUGGUAAAGUUCAAGGACUGGCUACGGAAAGCAGCUUCAUGAAUCUUGGUCAAAAUUUUGUGGGGUCUGUCACUGAGAAUGACGAGGAGCUGGAUGUGAUAUCGGCUGUUUUUGAUGGGACACAGUCUUUGGAAACUGAUGCUUUUUCUCCUGAUACGAAUGAGAUUUCUAAGCUUCAAGGAAUCAACGAUGAGUUCUGGGAUCUGUUUUUUAUGCCAAACUCACUUACUGGAGAUACAGAUGAAGUUAAAGGUAGCUCUUUAGGAUAUGGUUUGACCAAGGACCAGGAAUUGUCAUUAGAACAGGAGAUUCAACAAGAAAAUAUGGAUAAGAAACAACAUAUGGACCAUCUUACUCAACAGAUGGAACUUCUUGCAUCAGACUCAUCAUUGUGUAUAUAA